UCAAAGCAGACAACGCAACGACUAACUCUGGGCAUUCUUCGGGCGAAGCUAUAACGGUACACAAGUUGCUGUCGGAAAACGGAAAACGCGAGCGUCCCAAGUGGAAAUGUAGCCCAAUCCGUUCGCUUCGGGGUAUCCAUCUAAAGCGGCCCUCGCACUCACACACACACACACACAACCACUCGCACGCACUCUCGGGCUCGUACCACUACAGGCGCCGCCGUGUGUCUUCGUAUAUGUGAGUAGAGCGCGUGCACAGGUGUUGGUGUUGGUGCUGGCGCUGGCAUUGUAUUCGGAUACAGGAUUUGCUGAAGUGCUUAAUGAAACCAUCGAGAGUGAUAAAUCUCCAGCUACAGUUCAGCGCAGACGGCGUGUCUGGGCCUCAUUAGAAGACUGGUCAGCAGCCCAAUCGAAAUGGGAAUCGGAAUAAAAUAAAACUAAGCAAAACCAAACCAAACAGAACAGAAAACAAGUAGAAAAAAGAUAAGAAAAUAAAAUAAAAUAAAACAGUGGAUCCAUUAGGACAGAGCGCGAUGGAAUAUUGAAUGGAAUCAUUUGGCUAUAUGCACAUACAUUAGCAGCCAAAGGACAUCCCAAUCAUCCUCACUCGACGCCACUUCACUCCACUCCACUCCACUGGCUGGGCGUGCUAGUGCACGACGGCCGUUCUGACUGCGGAAAACAUGGAUGAAAAUGCGAUAAGCACUCGAUAAAUAUGAGCAGAGGCAGUGCCAGAGGCAGCGACAGACACAGAGACAGAGACAGACACAGAGUCUUAACAAGCGACAACUUUCAGUAAACAAGAAAGCGAAGAGCAGAAGCAUAUCAUGCAUCCCGAGGCAACGAUCGAUAUAAUGUGCCAGCAGCCCAAGGAGCCACGUCCCCAUCCACAUCCCAGCCGAUGGCGGCGACUGAAGCUGCAUUAUUCGCUCCCCUGGAGCCUUGGCAUUGGCACGGGCAUGGGUCCGUUGCUCCUGAUGCUCCUGAUUCUCCUGCUGGUUACGCUGGAGACCUGCCAAGUGCGGGCCUCCUACCUAGAGCCCGAUGAACUCAUCCAGGAGCUGGACCGACCGGUGCCGCUGACAUCGGUGCAGGGUGUGCUGGGCCGGCAGGCCAUGCUUCCCUGCGACAUCUCGCCGCUGGAACGCGAUGACGCCGUGUACAUGGUGCUUUGGUUCCGCGAGGGCGAUGGCGAGCCCAUCUACAACUUCGAUGUGAGGGGGCGGCAGUUCGGCCAGGCGCGCCUCUGGUCCUCGCCGCUGGCCUUCGGGACACGCGCUCACUUCAGCAGCACCACCCACCCCGCCCAGCUGAAAAUAGACAACAUACGCAUCGAGGACGAGGGCGUCUACCGCUGCCGAGUCGAUUUUCGCAAUUCGCCCACGAGGAAUCUGAAGAUAAAUCUAACUGUCAUCGUGCCCCCAGACAGACCCAUCAUCUAUGGCCAGAACAGGCAUGAAAAGGCCAGCAAUGUCGAGUCCUUCAAUGAGGGCAACGAUAUUGUCCUGUCCUGCGAGGUCUCAGGCGGUCGACCGCGUCCCAAUGUCACAUGGUACUUGGACAACACGGCCAUCGACGAAUCCUUCGAACAGCGCCCCGACGGCAAGACCAUCAACCACCUGUCCUACCCCAACGUGGGCCGCCAGCAUCUCAACUCUCGGCUCGUGUGCGUGGCCAGCAACACGAACCUGACGCCACCCAAUAACAAGGUCGUCAUACUGGAUGUGAAUCUGAAACCCAUGGCGGUCCACAUACUCACCAAGGAUCGCUUCGUCUCCGCCGAUCGUACCUACGACAUUGAGUGCAAGAGCUCCGGCUCUAAGCCGCCCGCUCUCAUCACCUGGUGGAAGGGCAGUAAACAGCUCAAAAAGCUCACCAAGAACUUUAAUGAACCCGAUAAUCAAUCUCUAAGUAUACUGACGUUUACGCCCGGACGCGAGGACGAUGGCAAAUAUUUAACAUGUCGGGCAGAAAAUCAAUUCAUCGACGGCAGCGCCAUCGAGGACAAAUGGCGUCUCAUUGUCCACUUCCAGCCCACGACAACGCUGAAGAUUGGCUCAUCCCUGAACCCGGACGACAUCAAAGAGGGGGACGACGCGUACUUCGAGUGCGUCGUUCAAUCGAAUCCCAAACCAUACAAGAUGUCCUGGUUCCACAACGGCAAGGAGCUGCAGCAUAACAUCUCCGCCGGCGUCAUCCUCUCGGAUCAGUCGCUGGUGCUGCAGAGCGUCUCACGUGCCUCGGCCGGUGACUACACUUGCCUCGCUGUCAACUCUGAGGGCAAAGGCCCAAGUAAUCCGGUCACAUUGCGCAUACGCUACGCCCCCAUCUGUGCCACCGACCACGAGGAGCUGCUGGGCGCCUUAAAGCACGAGACGCUGCCACUGAAGUGCGAGGUGGACGCCUCGCCACCCGCCGACUCCUUUCACUGGACCUUCAACUCGUCGGGGGAGCAAACCGAGCUGCCCGCUCGCCUGCACUCCACUGAGACUGGCAUGUCGCGACUGAACUACACGCCCAGCACGGAUCUGGACUAUGGCACAAUUUCCUGCUGGGGCAAGAACUCUAUUGGCAUGCAGAAGAGUCCUUGCGUCUUUCAAAUUGUCGCAGCGGGUCGGCCCUUUCCCCUGCAAAACUGUUCGGUGACCAAUCAAUCGGUGGACUCCCUGCAAGUCGACUGCAUCGAGGGAUUUGAUGGUGGCUUGCCUCAGGGUUUCAUGCUGGAGCUGGUCGAGUUGAACACCUUGCGAUUGGCCAGGAAUAUCACAGUUUCGCAUACUCCGGUCACUUUUAUUAUUGACAAUCUGGACCAGGCUGCCACGUACCGGAUGGUAAUAUUCGCUGUCAAUGCCAAGGGUCGCUCCGAGCCCACCAUAAUCGAUGACAUCAACUUCAAGGGGGUGGCCAAGUUCACGGGUGCCUCGACGGGUCUCUCCAUGCCGCUGUCGCCGUUCCUGGCAGGUCUGACCCUUUUCUGUGGCCUCCUCUUUGCCAUCUUUUGCAUCAUGCUCGCUGCCAUCUACAGGAGGUUCUCUAAUCGGCGCACCGACAACAACCUGAAGGUUGCGAAGCACACGCAGCUGAGCAUUCCGGCGGACUGCCAGCUGGACCCACUGCAUCCGGGUGGGCACGGCGGGCAGCCGGAGCAGGGGAACCACCAGCCGCAUCACAGCCUGCUGCCCCUUAAUUGUGAUAAUCGCAACGCGGUCGACUGCGCCAACCUGGGGGAAGUAAGCGUUGGGGUCGGCAUGGACGGGGUCAAAGGGAGCUCUCCCAUCGGCCUGGUGGCCCUGGGCAGCGAAACGCUUCGCUCGACGGCGCGGACCCGGCACAGUCCGCUUGCCGAUCAGGUCGAUAUAGACGACACAGAUCCCGAUGUUAUACCAAAUCAGUAUGAAAAACGUCCACUGAAAAGUCUGGUGUCGCCACCGGGCUUUGCCAGCCCCUCGACUCGCCUAAUGCAGCGCGACUACGUCCGGGAGACGGAGCUGGUGAAGGGCAGCUGCGAGGCAGUGGGCGCGCCGGAGGGACUGUCCAGUAUAGGGCUGAUGAGCAGUUCCGGCAACGAGGUGCUGCACUACACCUUUCGGCCCAGCAAGCAGAUCAGCUAUGCAACCCUCAAUAGGAAGGGCAUAACAACCUGUAGUCCACCGCUGGGCACGCAGAACUACAGUGUGAGCACAUCGACGCCCUCAUCCUCAUAUCAUCUAACACCGCAGCCCAUGGAGGUCAGCCUGCUCAGUCCGAACCAUCCAUCGGUGACGUCCUCGCUGAGCGAAUACCGAUUUCGAACCGGGCCCGAGAUAGUCACCACUUCCAAUCGCAUACAGGAAAGUUGUAUAUAAACUUCACACACACACACACACACACACAAGUCACACGCAUCUAUACAUACAUCAAAUGCUACAUACCGUACUCGUACUCGUAUAUACCUAUACUUACUUCUGAGUGUACAAAAACAAAAGCAAAAGCAACAUAUUAUCGAGAGCAAAGUGGAACUGUAUUAAUGCAUUGAUAUCGUACCGUAACGUAACGAAUAACGUAUCCUAGCAGCUAGACGUAUUUAUUCGCAUGGUUUGAGGAAAGACUUCUCCUAGCUCGUAAGCAUCUUGUGUACUUAUUGCAUUCAUCAUCGAAUCAAUGCCAAAAGUGUAGACGAAUACACUCGUUUUGUAAAUAGUUGUUGUCAUCUGUUGUUGUAACUAAGUCUAAUCCCAUGAACCGAACCUAAAGCUGAAUCUGCAACUAAAAACUCCCUCGAAAGUGAAACGGAAACAGUAACAGAAACCGAAACAUUCUGGUAGAUCAGAAACGAACGAAAAAACUUCUAAAGAACAUAUCGUUUAUCUUUAUACCCACUGCCAUAUCCGCAUCCCAUGUCCCCAACCCAACAUAUAUGUAUAUAUGUUUCUUCCGACAUGAGGUUCCAAACACGCUGUCAACUUAACAUAUCGCCAGACAUCCUAAAAGAACUGUGCUCCCGCCUAACAUUGCUUGAACCAGGCUAAGGCUAAGCUAACCCGCUUUCCCCGGACGGGGUCUCGGUCUCGGUCUCAAGGUCGAGGUCGAGGUAAAUGUUGCGCGCCAAACCCUGAGCAAAACUGAGCAAACCGAUUGCAACUAAUUUACGCCAUGAUAUAUAAAUAAACAUAUAAACUUGUAUCCAUUUAAUCUAAACAGGACCUGCACUCUUCCAGACCCGGCAGAGUUCUGCGGGAGUCGCAUUUGUGAGAAUAUCAUGUCCAUAUCCUCUAUAAAAGUAUUACCUAUUGAUUUUCAAUUUGAUUAACUGAAGUGUUUAAGUGUAGCUACCACAUACUUGUAUUUAUCUAGGCCUAAGUAGCCCUAAGUGUCGGUCUAAGUGCAAUGUACAUACAUGAUUAAACACACAUAUAGAAGCAUGCUAGAGCUCGCUUGUCAAGGACUCAAAAUGGUAACGCACGGAAGAACUGAACAGAACAGCACAUAGAAAAUUCUCCGUGAAAUCUACUCGACAACUGUACAUAUAUACAUAGAUCAUAACUAAUGGUGAGGGAUAUAUGUUUUUCGCUUCUACGAGUAUGUAUGUUGUUGCCCCAUCUAGGAGUAAUUUAAGCAUUUAUAAUAUAGAACAAUUGCAAGGCCACCACAUAUGUGUACAUCUUCGGCGAGAUCCGAGAUGGGAUUCGCCUCGUCUGAAUUAUUCUGCGGUGUUCUUUCCCACCUGGACCGGACACCUCUCCAGCGGGAGGAUGGUAUACAUUAUAUGUACUUAUAAAUAUGUAUGUAUGUAUGUAUGCUAGAGAGUUUCUGCCAAGAAGUACACCUAAUACAAACAGAAAUGCAAAGAUUAGUAUAAUUUGUCAAACAUAGUUUUUGUAACUAUUAGGAGAAAUAUUAAAUACAAUUAAAUUAUAACUAAAUGGAACU